CGAAAACGGUGAGUUGUCGCGCCAUGGACACCACCAGCGACGCCCUGCCGCGCCGGACGCCACCGCCGCGACCAGUUCUACAUCCCAAGGAGACACUGCAGUCUAUUUUGAAGCAUGUGAACACAUCCGCUGCAUCGUCUGCGAUGGCGGACAACGGCUUGCUGUCUGUCGAGUCGCCUCUCCCGCGUGAAACUUCGAGUUACAUCAAGCAUCAUCGAAGUUAUACACCUCCGAAGCGCGUCCUGGUUCCAUUGCCGCCGUCAACAUCGAGUACGCAGCGGCAAUUGUUUCACCGACAGCAGAAGCACAAGCCUCCUUCCAUCAUUCAGAUCACACCAACGCCGACGCCCCAAUUUGAAGACGACAAUACGGUGGACGAGACCACAAUGCUCCACCGUCGACUCUUGCAUGCCGCCACGGUCGUCCGCACCCAGCGCAACCGGCGAGGUGGAGUACCGCAUUCGAAUUCCCCUCCACGAGCAAUCUCGGUGCCAUUUCGUCGCAGCAUCCAAGCGCCGUCGUUGUCUCAUCUAGUCGUCCCUCGCUAAUCGCCAUUAUCACGCUUCCACUGGCACUCGCUCGAUGGUGCAAUACGUCACUUCAUAACCGACGUCACCGUCGUUCUCGUCGGCGUCUCGAUGGGUGAUCGUUAGGACGGCAAAGUAACCGGCAUCAAGCCAUCCUAGGCCGCCACGUCAUUCCUUAAGACAAUGCUGACGCGUGUAUCGUACCUGGUGUUAACAACAGUUGGCCCUUCUCUUUCCACUCGAUUCGCCCUUCUCUCGAUUUUGCGUUGGGGGCAAUGCGGCAGCACCACGGAAGACGUGCCAGGUUCGCGUACACGUUGUUCUUCCAGUCGUCCAACACUUCCGCGGCGUAUUCCGUUCGCACUUCGAGUGGAAUAUGGUCUUCCAUCGACCCUUCCACAACGAGCUCCAUCCACCGAGAUGCAUGAAGUUCGUCUGGACGGAUGUCGUCGAUGUCGGCUGUGAGCGAAACCUUGACCUUGUCACAGUUGACCGAAUGAGGAGUCAGUCGUGGAGGUUUCUGGAGCUCAUGGGCUCGUUUUGUUGCUGGCGGAUCGUGCGGCCCAGGGAUGUAGAUGACUCGACACACGAUCAUCUCCAGUCGCGACAAGAUGGCUGUCAUAUCACCUUCUGCGGCGGCGAGAGACGCUUCCGUGGUCGUACCUUUUGACACGGGCGGCAUCACGAAGUUCCCGCAAACGAACACGACGUCGACAGCGUAAUGGCGGAUGAUGUGGUCGCAGAGCUUGUUCACCAUCUCGAUGUUUCCACGGAUGUUUGACAGCACAAGAACAUUGAGUCGCCGCUCGUCCGCGAAACCCAUCGAUUCCACCAUGGAGUGUCGCCUUUCAGAAAUGUACAAAC